GCAGCCGUAUAGUGUCCUCUAAUGCCGAGACAACGUUAGCUUUUUAGCUAACUGGCUAGGCAGCUCGAGAAUCGAGUGAGCUGAUUUAGCUAGCUCCUUAGCUAAAUGCGCUAAUGUCAACUAUAUAACGUUAGCUGUAACCUUAAGAGUUUGGCUCCAUAUUUUAAAUCGGUUCGUGCGUACAUGACUCGUAAACGCUAUCGCCCACGUAAUCCUUAGACCACCCUAAAAGUGAAACCAUACAAAGUCAAGAGGUUGCUCGUCUUCCGAGGUCCGGGAAUAGUUGUCCAGUUGCUAAUUGUCUUGCGAACUAGCUAGUGCAAACUCAGCCCCAACCCAAGCAGCCUUUUGGUUUAAACUAAUGCCAGUCACAUACCAGUGGUUAAUGUUAGCUAGCAGCAAGCAUGUUUUGGUAGCGGAGGCCACACAAUAACUAGAUAUACCAUUAUGAGUGACAUUCAAUUGGAGAUUCUCUUGGCAACAGCUGGUCACUUAACUCGAACUAGUCAAAGCAAUGGACUGCAAUACACCUCUAUAGGCAAAAUAUACUGUCUAAAAGUAGUAGAAUAUAGUAAAAAUAUAUAAUAUUCUCAGGUUGGUGGUGAGUUUGAAGGAUCUCACUCUGACGUUAAAAUGGCAGUCUGUCCCUCACUUGGUGGUCUCGCUUACCAGUAGAACACUAAAACUAUAAGGGUAUGAAUAGAAAAAUCUCCUAUUCAAACAUUGUACACAUACGUUAAGAUACAGUACCCACAAUCUCUGUUCUCUUGAUAACUGCUACUGUGAUUAUCAUUUGGAGCCACGAGUGAAGAGGAGCUACUAAAGGCUCUCCUCACCGAUGACUACUGCCAUGUGUGUGAGGCUGUGCUGCUCUUUGAGUCUCAGCGGGUGUCCCACUAUGAGGGAAAAAAACACGCUCAGAGACUCAAGGUGUACCUGCAGGCCAAGAGAGGCGAAAAGAUGAACAAAGAGUCCACAGCACCCCAGCGGACAAUGACUACUGAUAAGGACCAUUUCUGUGAGCUGUGUAACAUGGUGUUUAGUUCCCACGUGGUGGCAAAAUCACACUAUGAAGGCAAAGUCCAUUCAAAAAAUCUUCGUAAACAAGGCAUUCAGCCCCCAGUUAUAGACAGGUACACAGAGGUGCAUACUUUACCAAGUCUGACUCGGGAUCCUGAGGAUGCUGACCAGAAAUCCGCCCCAAAAGGUACCAUGGAGCAUCUUCUGGAACCAACAGCCACCACAACUACCCCCAGCAACGAGGUUGAUCUGAAGGACCCUAACAAGUACUGUGCCCUGUGUGCUGCUUCCUUCAACAAUCCCCAAAUGGCUUCACAGCACUACAAUGGACGAAAACACCAGAGGAAUCAGGCUAGACAGGAGCUGCUCAAAGAGCUCAGCGACGAUGUCCAACAGGCCAACUCCCUGAUGUGUAAGAUGUGUAGCGUGCAAUUUAAUUCGGUGGAGAUGUACCAGGCCCAUGUGCAUGGAAACAAACACCAGAUUAGGGAGAAGAAGGUUGUUGACCUGUGCAAAUCCCAACAAAAAGACUACAACACAUUUGCAGACGAACUGGCAGAUUACAUUCAGGUUCAGAAGGUGCGUGGAAUCAUCCCCAAGGCCAGUCAAGUCCUCCCUCUGGGUGACACUCAAAAAGAGGAUGAUGAAGAGGAAGAAGAGGAAGCAUUAAACAAGGGGGAUAUCAUAGAACUGAACAAAACUAUGCCCAACCUCCCUCCCGCCUCUCACCCUUCUCCUCACCCCCGCCCCAGUUGUUACUAUACAGUUGAAGGGUGGUGUCCUCCAUAUCAGGGCCCUGCCUGGCCGUCCCGCGCCUGGGAUUACAACUGCCCACCCCCAGUCCUCCCAGGCUCAGACUCUCCACUGUUCACUAGUCGGCCCACAAAGAGAAAGAGGCACAGGAAGCAGUCGAGCUCCUCCUCGCAUACUACUUCAUCAUCAUCUUACUCCUCCUCCUAUAGCAGUAGCACAAGUGACAGUGAGGACAGUGAAUAUAGACGCAGAGGAAAGAGACGGAUUAGAAGAUCCAGGAGGGAAAGAGACAGGAGGCCAAGACAUGAGGACUCAGACAAGGAGGAGAAGAGGAGGAAGCAACGAAGGAGGGAAAGAGAUAAUGACUCCGACGAGAGGAGAAGAGAGGAAUCUGGAGAGUCAGAGCAAGAGAGUAGGAGAAAAAAGCGAAGAAAUCACGGCGAGCGGAGAAGGCGAGAAAAGAAAUCCCAGGAGGAGGACUCUGCAGCGGAUGGAGGGGAAAGGGUGAUGGACAAUUUAAUGCCAGAAGACUCAAUGGGCAAUAGAAAAGAGAGUGACGUGCAUAUUCAGGCUGUAAUGAAUGUUGAGCAGGGGGAAGAUGGACAGGACAAGCCAGCCAAACCUAAAUACAGGAAAGAGAAGAAGAAAACAAAGGAGAAAGUAGACACUAGGACAGAGGAGGAGAAGCUGUGGGAUGACUCCAUUCUGGGCUGCUAA